GUCAAGUCUCGGCGCGCGUGGAAGCGCUUUUUGCAAUUAUUUUUUAUUUAUUUACAAAAAAACAUAGUAAACAUGUCAGAUUCCGAUAUGACUUUAAGUGAUGAUGUUGACGUUGGUAUAAUAUUAAUGACACUGCGAAAACCCACGGAGAUAAAGAAAGUUAUCGAUACCAUUCCGAAGCCGGAUAGGGCUGUUCCGAAAAAUGGCCUUCCACUUUGGUAUAAGCUUGGUUUGGAAAGCAAGUUGCCAGUACCCAAAAUGCCCAAGGGCAAAAUUGUGUUUUCACGUGGGAGAAUCGGUGAAGACGUACGAAGACUUGGUCUGGGUAGAGACGAGCCAAAUCCGUCCUUUGAUCUAACAGAUCCAUAUUGCUACAAUGUCUCCUAUGACUACGUUCCCAUGCACGACCCACACUUGGCCAGUCACUUUGCGCAGAAGCCGGCGAGGACCAGAAUGAAGAUCCUCGGGUAUUGCACUAAGGAUAAUAGGGCCGUCUGCUCUCUAAAAGAGUUUAAUCAGUACAGAAAAUAUCUAUACAACCAGUUUAUGGACAGAAUCCACACGGCUAUCAAGAGAGUGGACGAGCGUGCCCGAGACGACUUAACCCUGAAACGAGUGGACAAUGACGUGGCAAGAAGACUUAUGAUAUUCACGAAGGCUGAGAGAGCCAGGGAACAUUUGGAAAGGAUUGCACAAGAGCAUGCCGACGAAUGGGAGGAGAAGAAAAGAUUAGCGAAAGAGCAAGAGAAGAAGAUACAAGCUCGUAUGAAAUAUCUCGCGGAGUUCAAUGAAGAACAGCGGAAGGAGCGAGCAGCUCGUGCGCGCGAGAAACAGAAUAGAAUUAAACAGAGGGUGCAGGCGGCGGCGGAGAUAGAGCUGCGACGAAAGAUAACUAUGGUGAGACUGUGGCGAGCGAAUGAGAAGAAACGAUUGAACCGGCUCAGGCAAGAGAGAGAAGCGAAACAGAAGAGACUGGAAGACGAGGCCAACCAAAAGUGGAAGGCUCGCGUGGACGCUCAGAAUCAAAAGAUACAACAGGAGGCUCUUUUGUUGAAACUCUAUUCUGACGACAUGCACGCAGCCGCCGCGAGAAGAAUCAGGAAAGCAGAAGUGUACGCGUACAAUACAGAUUUGGAGUUACAGCGACUUCGGCUCGCUAACUUGAAGUUGAUGCACGGCGGAACUGCUAAAGCUAAUCAACUGGUCAGGAAAAUGGGGACAGAGUUUGAAAAGUCGAAACGUGGUGCGAAAGGAAUGAGUCUUGAGCUGGCGCAUCGGCUGGCUGCGGAGAAAAUGACGGUAGCGAUAUCAACCCGAGGAGACAGGCUGAUGACGUUGGGCCAAGCACGGGCCCUGAUGGAUAUCGAGACGGUGCUGCCCAGUCCUCCGAUAAAGAUAAUCGAAGAGCUGGUGGAGGGUGCAAUACGCGAGUUUGCUCGACGUCGCUCGAACCUCUUGAUGCUGGAUAUUGAGGGGAUGGUGAGAGCGAGGGCUGCGGAUGUCUUCUUCCAAAACUUCCGCCAUCAAACGAAGAAAAGAGGUCCAAGAGAGUCGCGGUGGGGCCGCCAUGUUAUAACGGAGCUGGCUCAGAAGUUCGUGAAGGGGGGCGCGGGGGGCGCAGGAUACGGACGGGGGGCAGGGGGGGCCGCAGGGGGCGGUAUUGCGUUCGGCGGGAUUGAGGAACAUGAGAACGAAAUACCUGCCGAGGGCGACUACAAGAGCAUCAAAGAUCGACCACCUACUCCCGUGCCUUCCAAACUUGAACUGGCUGAAGUGACAUUCACGGAUCGUUUGGACGAUCUACCGGACCCUGUGGCUAUUGGCUCGGAUUUGCCGGAAAGGGCAAAGCUCCUUGAAAUGAUAAACGCUGCAGCUAAGUUGCUGUCGCGCACUGUCACAGAAGGUGUUUCCAAGGGAAUGGACAUUAUUACUGGAAAAGUUACGUUACCGUCAAUGAGACAACCGAUGGAAUGGGGUGAGGCUGUGGAAGGCCUCGCGAGCGCAGUGGUGGACAACAAGAUCAACAGCGACUGUGGUGACGUAAGACGAACCAGUCUGUACCUGUCACAUCGCGUCCUGCGCUCCCUGGCCGCGGAGAUGAAGCAAGUCAAGAAGUCCUUGAAACAAAGAAACUCGUCAGCAUCGGAAGAGGACAAAAAAGAUUUCUACGACACACAAAAAGUUGCUGAAACGUAAAGUUAAAAUUGGCGAUUUAUUGUCUAAGUUUGUUAUAGUGUUUACAUUUGCUAAAUUCAAUUUGAAUCAUGGA